UGCGUUUAGAGGAUUCAGGAUGAAUUUCCGUCUCCAACAGGAAUGUGACAUACUGUCUAAGGAGAGGAAAAAUGUACAAGAAGUUAUCCGACAAGAGUUUGCAGAUCGUCUGGUUGCCACUGAAGAGGAGAACAGACGUCUGAAGAAUGAGAUGUCGGAAAUGAGAGCAAGGCACAAACUAGAAAUAGAGAGAAUCGAGAAGAGUAAGGAGGAGGAGUUGGAGGAAGUUCAUAAACGGGUCAAACAAGCCAUUGUCAAGAAAGAGGACACAGUGAAUCAACUACGUCAACAGUACGAUGCGGCAACGAAACGAGCUGACCACUUGGAAUCGCUUUUGGAACAGCAGCGAAAACAACUUCUCAGUCUGUCCAAGAAAAAGUGAAGCAAAAUCUGA